UCCACUGCAGCAGAGGCUCCAUGAACCAAGGCAUGGGCUGCAGCGUGUGUCUCUGGCUGCUGAUCUCUCUUGGCCGUGUUUGGGGCAUGGGCCGCGGGGCGAGGGAGACUGUGCUGGGCACCUUGGGGAAGGCGACAAUAUUGCGGAUCCCCCCUGAACUCCAGGACCUCACCCUGCGCUUUGGGGCAGCCGUCUGGAAGCGGGACACAGAGGACCCACAGAGGAAGCUUGUCCUGCUCAAGUACUCAGAUGGCAACUACACCAACUACAUGCAGGGACGAACUCGCUUCCACAAGUUGGACUUCUCCCUGGAGAUCCUGAACACCAAGCGGCAGGACAGGCAGCUCUACGAGUACAUAGUCAGCAAGGGGCCGGAGGAGAAAGUCUGGCAGAUACAGCUGGAGGUGUAUGAGCCGGUGUCUGAUCCCAGCAUCCAGAUCCUCAGCUGGGUGCUGGCCAAUGGCAGCUGCACUGUCACCCUCAACUGCACGGCGGAGCAAGGGGACAAAGUCUCCUACAGCUGGGGCAGCUGGGACACCAGCACCUUGGGGCUCUGCUCCCGCAAUGGCAGCCUCCUGCACCUCUCCUAUCCCCUGCAGAACACAAGCAUCCCCUGCACCUGCACGGCCAGCAACCCAGUCAGCAGCCGGGUUGUUGCCUUCAACUUCUCCGAGUGCAGCUAUGAGCAAGGGGGCAAUGCCGAGCUGAGGACAGAGCAUCUUGUGCUGAUGGUGGCGGUGCCCAUUGCUGCAGUGAUGGUCCUCACUGGAGUGUUUGUGGCUGCCUAUUUGGCCACGCCAAUCGCCAGCCAGGAGCAGGAGCAGGAGCACUUGCCACUCGCCGAGGACAAUGCAGUGCACACCAUCUACUCCCAAGUGCAGCGGGUGGAGCAGAAGCAGAAAGGGGUCCCUGCCGCCGAGCACCCCUCCUGCACCACCAUCUACGCUGCAGCCACCGGCCUGCCCCCGGACACAGCCCCAGCCCCCGGCAGAGCCCCACGACCCCCACACAGCUGCCUGGCAGAGCCGUCUGCCCCGCAGGGCUACCCAUCCCUCUCGCAGAGCCCCGACAAGGAGCCCAUGACAGUUUACGCCAGCGUGAUGAUGCCCAUGGCCUGAGCCUCUCCAGGCAGUGGGCAGCAGCCGAGCCCAGCCUCCGCCUCUGCUUGCCGGGCACUGACAUCCACGUUCCCAACUGGAUGCUUGUCCCUAGGGAAUCGGGGCAAAACCCUCUGGCACGCACCGACCCCCCACUGCAGCCAAGCUGGGGCUGCAACGAUGGCUGCGGAGGUGAAGGACGGUGGAGCAAAGAGCAGGGUUAAAGCCAGGCAAGAAAUCUCCCCAGGUUGUGGCUAAGGGUGGCCGGCAAGAUGCUGAAGCACCGGGAGAGGGUCGAGGGGCUCCGGAUACAACCCCGCAGCUGGGCAUAAGUGAGGGAGAGAGAAUCGGUGCCUCAGAGGGGAAGGGUGAGCCUUGUCAGCACAGUGAGGCAGCACUGGCAAGCGUGGCCAGAGCAGGUUUGCAUCCCAAUCUCAUCCCGGCCCCAUGGGUUUUCACCCCAUGGCCUCAUCCUGUGGCCCCCGGCUUCGAUAGAGGGAGCCCCCAGCUCCUGGCAGCCAGCAACACUGGUGAUGUGCAGGGAUGUGGGUUCAAUGGCAGCGGAGAAAAAAUCAGAAACGAGUUUUGUUUUUUGACCUCUGCUCAGCAACUGGUUACAAAAUGCCUGGGUUUUGGUCCAAGCACUGAAGAAAGUUUUGCAGUCCCCUUGGGGCUGAGCCCUGCCCGGUGCCUGCCCAGCCCUGGCUGCCUCCUGCACUGGGGUCACCGGCAGCCCAUGCCCAUGCUUGGAGAUUCAGCUGCGUUCCACUGCACUUUUCCAUCCCCAUCCUUUUCCACUACGGGAUGACUACGGGACCAGGCGAGGAUCUUCCAAGUGGACUAUUUAAAGCUGAAUUUCUGGCUGAGGGGGAGGCAGCCCCUGCCUGUGCCUUGGCCACCCCCUGCCUGCAGCAGCUCCCGACCUCCCUUCAGAAAUAUCUGGUGUGGGGAUGCUGGAGAUGGCCUGGAUGAGGGACCAAGGCUGUAAAAUCUUUCCAACUCCCCCCUGAGUCCGAGCUAUUUUAUAAUCCAAACAUAACUCAGCUCGUACAGUAGGGCUGAUCUUGUGUGCCGCUGCUAAGGGAAAGGAAAAUAAAUUUAUAGUAAAGUGUUUUGGAAA